AUGUUGGCUGGAAUCUUCGCAACUCUAAGCUUACCUCCCUUGGCUUAUGUAGCUGUUGUGUUGACAUUAACUCUGAUACUAACAUUAUGGGCGCAGAGCAGUCGAAGCGAUCUCCCUCCAUGUCCUGUACGGCCAUAUCCAAUACUAGGCCACAUUCCUCACUUGAAGAACAGGCCCCGGGAAACUUUAAAAGAGUUCAGAAAAAAGGCUGGCGAUGUAUUCAGCAUAUAUACAGGCACCAAGCUGACUGUUGUAUUGUAUGGCUACGACGUUAUCAGGGACACACUGGUGAAACAGGCAGAUAUUUUCUCUGACGCACCACAAAACCAACUGAACAGUGUGUUUAAGGAUGGAGCAAAAGGAAUUAUUGGAUCUUCUGGGAAGAGCUGGAAGGAACAGCGCAGUGUUUCACUGGCAAUCCUCAGAAAUUUUGGCAUGGGCAAAACUACACUAGCAGAGAAAAUUCAGGAAGAGGUUUCUGAAUACCUCAGUGAGCUUGCUAAGUUUAAUGGCAAACCCCAAGAAGUGAGAACACUGACAAAUGUUGCUGUUUGUAAUGUUAUCUGUGCAAUCAUCGUGGGCAAGCGUUUUGAUUACCAUGAUCCCUACCUUAUCCGCUUAAUACAUAUUCUGAAUGAACAGAUAAAAUUGGUUAAAAGUGUGUCGCUUCGAUAUGCCUUUCCCUGGAUUAGAUAUUUGCCUGGUGACUUGUUCAACAUCAAGAAGCUAAUAAAGAACAAUAACGAAUUAAUGGAUCACUUUUGUUACCCAUUCAUCAAUCAGUUCUCAAAGAAACUUGAUAAUGCAGAGGAAGACGAUGAGAGUACCAUCAAUUUCAUUACUUCAUAUCUCAAAGAGCUGAAACACAAGAAAGCGAAUGGAGAGUCAACUACAAUGGAAAUUGCCCAGUUGGCAAGAGUCAUCCAAAACCUGUUUAUAGCCGGAAGCGAGACAACCAGCACUACAAUUUUAUGGUUUGUGUUGUAUAUGCUACACAAUCCAGAAAUACAGAAAAAGAUCUUCAAAGAAAUCAGUGAUGUUGUUGGUACAGAGAGAGUUGUGUCUCUACAAGACAAAUCUCAGCUCAGCUACCUUAAUGCAGCCAUCAGGGAAACACAGAGGUUGGCCAGUAUCGUUCCUUUCAAUCUGCUUCACGCAAACACUGUUGAAGUCAAAAUCAGAGGAUACACCAUUCCAGCAGGCACGACUAUUAUACCAAACUUGGACUCCAUCUUACAUGAUGAAAAAAUAUGGGGUGACCCAAUGAACUUCCGACCAGAGCGAUUUUUGGACAGUACAGGGAAGCUUGUCAACCGGGAAGAAUUUGUGCCUUUCUCACUUGGUCGACGUGUGUGCUUGGGUGAGUCACUGGCUAAAAUGGAACUGUUCCUAUUUCUGUCUGCUUUGGUCCAAAGAUUUGAGUUUCUGCCAGCCACACCAAAAAGCCUGCCUCCACUGACAUGUGCAUUUGGAAUUACAUGCCCACCAGAAGCUUAUGAGGUCAGAUUCGUCGAAAGGAAAAAAUAA